AGUUCAUUAAAAAAAAAUAAAAUAUUUCAGAUUAUAUCACAUGUACCAGAGUAGAUGGGGCCAAGCUGCACUGUACAUCAUAAUUAUACUUCAUGUCUCCUUGGCUUUGUUUGAGAAGCCAGCAGUAUAUGGUUUAGAAAUGUCAUAUUGGGCCUCCAUGACCAUAGAAGUAGGUAUCAUCUGCUGCUACCUAUUUCGACUUGCACAUAUAAAUCUUUUCACUCCCGUCGUCAGGUUUGGUUGACACUAAGAAUAUACUUAUCUUGGUACUCAGUGGGCUUACUUUCUUAGACAUGGUAAUAUAUAUUGGACUAGUAGAAAAUGACAUCUUUGCAGUACGGUGGUCGAGACCCCUGAGACCUCUCUUUGCUGUGAAUUUCCCAGAGAUGAAGCAAAUCAGGCGAUCAUUCCGGAACAUGCGAAGAACUCUACCAGAUGUAGUCAACGUUCUUGUUCUCUUCUUCUUCAGUUUGGCCAUAUUUGCCCUAAUGGCCUACAAGCUCUUUGGUGAUAGAGGCCUUUCUUGGGUAGAUGGUAGACCCUACUUCGCCACUUACUGGGACAGCAUCUUUGACCUGUAUGUGUUGGUCACCACGGCCAACAACCCUGAUGUUAUGAUGCCAGCAUUUGAUGCAUCUCCAUACUAUGUUAUUUUCUUUGUUGCAUUUUUGAUAAUCUGCUUUUUUGUGUAUAUGAACAUCAUCCUUGCUGUUAUCUACAAUAACUACAGAAAACACCUCAAGAAUGAAGUUAAAAAAUCAGUGUUCAGUAAGAGGCAACAACUACGUAAAGCAUAUGACAUCCUCUCGGUAAAAGUUUCAUCAAAGUUUGACUUUUUUGUGAUUGGUGCAGCUUUCAUUAUGGCCAUUGUAGAGGAAAUUAAGGCUGAUGAUGAUGAUAGUCGUCUUGCACUGGAUGUAUUGCUAGUGUUAAGAGUACUGCGGCUUGUCAAGAUCAUUGGAAGCAUUGACCGUUUUAAAGUCAUUGUACACACUAUCAGCAAGAUAGGUCCAUCUCUCUUAACAUAUGGAGGAGUGCUUUUGGUAUUUUACUACAUAUUUGCCAUGAUUGGGAUGGAAUCAUUCCAAGGUCUGGUAAAAUAUACUGGAUAUGACAUAGAAAGUGGGUCUGAGCUCUUCUGCAGCAAUGAGAAACUAGAAAAGACAGACUUUUGGCGUGACCACUACUGUAAUAACAACUUCAAUGAUGUAGUUCAUGCAUUCAUUGUUCUCUUUGAGCUCACUGUUGUCAACCAGUGGCAUGUUAUUGCUUAUGGCUAUGCUGCUGUGACAAAUGCAUGGGCACGCUUGUUCUUCAUGCUGUUUCAUCUUAUUUGCGUUAUCAUUGUGCUAAACAUCUUCACGGCAUUGUCUGAACUUGAUCCAUUAUGA